AAACAAGUACUCCAUAAUUCUCAAUACUAGAAACCAGUAUCCGGGUGGUCUGAGUAAGGAGAACACCUGAGUCCUGAGUCUUGAGUGAGCUCCGAUCCGAGGAUGAAACGAUUCUUUCAACCAGUGGAAAAGGAUGGGUCCUUCAAGAAACUCACUCUCUCUCCUUCUCCGUCAAACAAAGAUGGUGUUGAGAACGCAGAAGUUCCCAUUGACGAGAACAACAACGACGACAAGAAAGACCCAGUGAAGUUCUUGACGUGGAACGCCAAUAGUUUUCUUCUUCGUGUCAAAAAUGACUGGCCUGAGUUCACCAAGUUCUUGCAGAGUCUUGAUCCUGAUGUCAUUGCAAUACAGGAAGUAAGGAUGCCCGCAGCUGGUUCCAAGGGAGCACAAAAAAAUCCAGGAGAGUUGAAAGAUGAUACAAGCGCUUCACGAGAGGAAAAGCGGAUUUUGAUGCGUGCCAUUUCAAGUCCACCAUUCAAAAGUUAUAAUGUUUGGUGGUCUCUUUCAGAUUCAAAAUAUGCAGGGACUGCAUUGUUUAUAAAAAAGUGUUUCCAUCCAAAAAAGGUCUCUUUCUCGCUUGAUCGAUCAGCUUCAAAGCAUGAACAAGAUGGCCGGGUUAUUUUGGCUGAAUUUGAGUCAUUGCGUGUAUUAAAUACAUAUGUGCCAAAUAAUGGUUGGAAAGAAGAAGAAAACUCAUUUCAAAGGAGACGAAAAUGGGAUAAAAGGAUUUUAGAAUUUGUUUUGCGGUCUUCAGAUAAACCCCUUAUUUGGUGUGGCGAUCUUAAUGUAAGCCAUGAAGAUAUUGAUGUGAGUCAUCCGGAAUUCUUCAGUGCGGCAAAGCUCAAUGGUUAUGUUCCUCCAAAUGAAGAGGACUGUGGGCAACCUGGAUUUACCUUGGCUGAGAGGAAGCGUUUUGGGGCUAUAUUAAAAGAGGGAAAGCUUGUAGAUGCAUAUAGAUUCCUACACAAGGAGAAAGACAUGGAACGUGGCUUUUCAUGGUCGGGAAACCCUGUUGGAAAGUAUCGAGGGAAAAGGAUGAGAAUAGACUAUUUCGUAGUUUCGGAGAAACUCAAGGAAAGGAUUGCUGCAUGUGAGAUGCAUGGUGAAGGAAUUGAAUUACAAGGUUUUUACGGAAGUGACCAUUGCCCAGUAUCUCUCGAGCUUUCACCAAGUCCUGAUUCCAACCAAAGCUAAGUUUCCACAAUGUAUAUGAAUUCUGAAGUUUAUGUGCCCUUUUUGUUAUGAUGUAGCAUAUUCUCUCAGUAUACUUAACAUUUUGGAUGGGGUUAAUUGGAAUCUUUCUAGCCGAUUCACUUAA